CUAGUGUGUACUACACUCAUACUAUUUUACAUUUUAAUAUUUAUUAUUAUUUAUUUUCAUGAAUACAAGUAAUACAACCAUUUUCUUCUAAGAAAUGUUUCAAAUUAGUGCCUAGUGGACUGGUGUCGUAGAAUGUGCAUCAACAUAGGUGUUAAUUGAACAUCCAUAAAAUAACGUUCAAAAGCUUGUGAUUCUACGAUGGAGCAGAAAAACGAUAUGUUAGGUGUCGAAGAUAUUGUGUUUAUGCUUCUUGAAACAUUAAAGUCUAAUGGCACAUUUGAUGAAAUCCGUAGACAUUGUGUUACUGAUAUAGAUGCUAAGCCAACUUAUCAAAACUGGAAACAGCGAAUAGAAUCAAAUGUCCACAAAUUUUUAAGUAAAGUAAAUUAUACUCCUGAAUUAAAUAAAAACACUGUUCGGGAACGACUUCGAAAACAUUUACUUGAUGGACGUGAGACUCAAGAUAUUGAAGAAGGAGCUGAUAGAAUACUUACUCAAGUACUUGCGCCUCGUACACUAUGUGUGUUCGAACCUAAAAUAGCAAUUGCUGUUGAUGAAUACUUGGGAAUCAAAAAUGAAGCUCCUCCAAUUGAACUUAAUGGUUUAAAAGAAUCUAGUAAGAAUUUGAUAAAUGUAUCUAACAUUGAAAAUAGUCCUGUUUUCAAUUCCAAAAUAGGUGCUGAUAACAUAACUUGUGAUAAAACACAAAAAGAUGAUACAAAAGAUUUAAGAACAGACAUAAAAGAAAAAUCUUCUAGUCUUUGUAAAGAGCCCAAAUCAUUGAAUGGUAAUGAAAGUGACGGUGAAAAUGAUACCGAAGAAUGUUUAAAACAAAAAAUUAGUCAACACAAAACUAAAACUCCUACAUCUGACAAAUCAAAGUCUUCCUCUAGUAAUCAUAAAAGUAAUAAAAAAGAUAAUAUUUGUAAAGAAGUUGUUGAGAAAUCUAAAGAUAUAGUUGAGAAAUCUAAAGAUAUCAAUAAUAAGGCUAACGAUAUUGUUAAUAAGCCUAAAGAUAAUGGUACUAAGUCCAAUGAAUUUAUUGACAAACCUAAAGAAGUAAUUAAUAAACCUAAAGAUGUUAUUGACAAACCUAAAGAAGUAAUUAAUAAACCUAAAGAUGUUAUUGACAAAUCUAAAGACCUUAGUAAGCCUAAAGAUAUUUUGGAAAAAUCUAAAGAUAUUAGUAAGCCUAAAGAUAUUGUUGAAAAAUCAAAGGAUAUUAUUAAUAAGACUAAAGACAUGGUUGAUAAAUCUAAGGACAAAUUAUUUUUGUCAAAGAAUUCUAAUUCUAAUAGUUCGAGUCAUAAAAGUAACCGAACAGAUACGAAAAGAACAAAGCGUUCAGUUGAAGAGAAAAAAAAAUCAUCCAGUCUUUGUAAGGAACCUAAAUUAUUGAAUGGUAAUCGAAGUGAUGAUGAAAGUAAUGCUGGAGGAUCUUCAAAACAAAAAAGUACUCUGCAUAAAAAUAAAAGUUCUUCAUCUGACAAAACUAAAUCAUCAUCCAGUAAUCAUAAAAGUAGUAGAAAAGAUAAUACUAGUACAGACGUUGUUGAUAAGUCUAAAGACAAAUCUUUAUCAAAGAAUUCUAUUUCUACUGACGUUGAUAAGUCUAAACACAAAUCUUCUUCGUCAAAGAAUUCUAAUAAAUCCAAAGACAAAUCUUCAUCAAAGAAUUCUAGUAGUUCUGACAUUUAUAAGCCUAAAGACAAAUCUUUGUCAAAAAGUUCUAGUAGUACUGACAUUGAUAAGUCUAAAGAUAAAUCUUUGUUGAAAAAUUCCAAUAGUACUACCAUUGUUGAUAAAUCUAAAGACAGAUCUUCAUCAAAGAAUUCUAAUAGAACUGUUGAUAAAUCUAAAGACAAAUCUUCAUCAAAGAAUUCUCAUAGUACUGAAGUUGAUAAGUCUAAAGACAAAUCUUUGUCAAAGAAUUCUAACAGUGCUAAUGUUGAGAAGUCUAAAAAUAAAAAUUACUCAAGCCAUAAAAGCAACCGUAAUGACUCUAAAAGGCUUAAACUUUCUCAACCAGAAACAAAUAAAUUACCUAUCAAUAAUGAAAGAAUUGAAGAAAGUAAAUUAGAAAAACAAGAAGAACCAGAAUGGAAUGAUUUUCGAAGUUCUAGUAUAACAAAUGACGAACAAGAUGCAGCAAAUGUUUUAUUAUCAAUGAGUACAAUUUCUUAUGAAAGUUCUCAUAGUGGAAUCAUAACAGAAAAUAUACUUUUUAUAGAAAAUUCUCCUCCGAUUACUGAAACAUUGAAAACACCUAAAAUAGAAAAUGAAUUAGAAAUGAAAGAAAAUGAAUUAGAAGUUAAAGAGAAUGAAUUAAAUAUUAAAGAAAAUGAAUUAAAAGUUAAAGAAAAUAUUGAUCAAACAAAAAUUCUACCAUCUAGUAAUAACAAUGAUAUUAAAGAAAACUCUGAAUUAAAACCAAUCAAUUCAGAAAAAUCACAAUCAUCAAAAAAUUCUCUAAAAGCUGUAUCAACCAUACCAAGCCAUUUGUUUGAGAAAGAAUGUUCUGUUAAUCUCGAAAGAUAUACAUGUAAAAAUAUAAAUAUCCAAAGUUGCCCUUCAAAUAAUGUUGAAAUAACUAAAGAACAUCAAAAAUCAGAUGAAAUAGUAAUGGAUGAAAAAGAAUUAAAAACAUUAAAUGUUGAAGUAAAUUUGGAUCCAAAUGAAAAUGAUAAAACUAAUGAAUGUAAUUCUAAUGCUAUUUUAAAAGUACCAAAACUAAAAAUAAAACUAUCACCAAAUCAAAUUGAUUCCAUAAAUAAAUGUAAGAGAAAAAAACAUCAUAAAGAUAAAGAAUCUAAAAAAUUGAAACUUUCAAAAUCACUGGAUAUUCCUAGUGAGGAUAAUGUAUCAAAAAAUAUAAUGUUUGAAAAAUUAGACCAAAAAUGUAAUAAUAAUACAGAAGUGAAAAUGAAUGAUUCAGCAAGUACUUUAUCCAAACAAACAUCAUAUAAGGAAAUAGAAAAUAAUAGUGUAGAAGUAUUGGAUGAUGAUAAAUCACAUUGUUCUUUUAAAGGAUUUUCUGAAGCUGAAACUAUCCCAUGCAAAAACUAUAAAAUACUAAAAAGUGUGAUCAAAGCCUUACAAUCAAAGAUUCAUAAACAUGAUGUAAUUAAUGAUGGAUUCAAAGGUUUUACUAAUGUAGAAACACACCCAUGUAAACAUCGAGAUAUUGUUUAUGCAGAGCUUAUUAAGUUGAAAGAUAGUAUAUCCAGUACAGACUCUGACUUCAUUGGAUUUCCUGAAGAAGAAACUCAAAUGAGUAAUGGACAUAAAUAUGUUAUACAACAGCUCGAACUUGCCAAAAAAGAAUUUGGUAGCUUUAGAAUACAGAAUAAGAAAUUAUUUAAUGAAGUUGUAACAGCAUAUUUGUAUGAAAGUCACAAUGAUAGUGAUGCAAUAUCAAGAGCCAUCUAUAGUAAAUCAAUUAAUGGUGAUAAAAAAGAUUGUACUACUGAAAAUAAUAAUAAUAACAAACAUGACAAUUGGGUUGUUGAACAAGAAAUUAAGUAUCAACUUUUACCUGCUAAAGUAACACUUGAAAGACUAGGAAGAAUAGAGUAUGGAUGUAGUAGUUCUAAACAUGUGUCUGACUCUUCACAGGUACCCAUAUAAUUAACAGUAAAAAACAAUAUUUAUAACAAGAACCAUGUCUUCGAAUCAUUCUUCAAAAAUAUUUAAUGAAAGGUGAAAUGUGAAUGUAACUACGAUACCAAAACAUUUUUUGCUGACAAACUAUAGGAUUUAAUUGGAUUUUCAUUCAGAUUCAAGUAUAGCAGAUCCAUUAUACUGCCUGAUAAACAUUACUGCCGUACUUGUAUCAGUUAUUUUUUACCUUAUCGUUUUAACCUUAGCUUGUAAAAUAUAAUCUAGUAAAUUUUUCGUUUUCUGUGCAACUAACUGAAAUUCCGACAGAUGGGAUAGUUGUUUGUUGUCUUAUAUAGUUACAACUCGGUCACUACAUUGGAUCCUAAUACAGGAAUUAAAAAAAAAUAACAAUUUAACAAUCGUUAUUAUUUAAAAUACAAUCAAUGUGAUUUCAAAGUUUUAUUCUAUGAAAUAAAAUACUUUUUAAGUAUUCCAUAUACAAUUUUUGUUUGUAUUAUAAUUGUUAUGUUUUUUAUGUAAUUAUGUGAAAAAAAAUAGGUAAUCGUUUUAAAUUAUGUAUUAAAUAGUUUAUUUUAAUAAUUAAAUUAUCAAGAUUGUUAUAAUUAAAUACUUACUUUUGUUUCUUUAUAAUUCAGUAAUUUCAUAUUAACCCUCUUGCAAUGCUGUAGCUGAACUUUAAUUCACUAUAAAAACAGCUUUUAUGUACCAUAAUGGGUGUAAUAAAGUUGCUUUACUUUAAAAAUAUGAUGUGUUCUGGUGUUCAACGGCACCAUAUAGAUAUGAUUGUAAAAUAUAUUUAUCAAGUACAGAUUUUUAUAAAAAGGGUAACCCUUUUACUUGAGAUUUUAAAUUAAUAAUUUAAUUAUAAUAACAAUUUAAUAAUUGUAAAAUAAAUCUCUAUAAUUUAUAUAGGAUCAAUGGAAUCACUUUCCCUGGUGUUAGUAACAAAAUUUCAUUACAGCCAUGAUAAAUUUCUACGAAAGGAUCGCUGGAGUAACUGGAGCUCUUUUUCGGAGCUGGUUAUCACGAUUAAUACCAAAAGCGCAUACGUGAAAAAAAUCUAAGUUACAAUUUUCUUAAAUAAGUAAUUUGAUAAUAAUUUUCAAAGUGUAGCUUAAUGGUCACAUCCCAAUUUUGUUUUUUUUCAUCAAUAUUACUAGUCACUACCAUGGUUGAAAUAUACAAGGUUAUUGCAUAUAUACCCCUUCUCUACCAAAUAUUUGAUGAUAAUAACAAAAAUGGCAGCGUAAAGGGAGCCAAUCAUAAUCGAGUAUAUAUGCGCGGUAUUUUCCAAUUUCUAUGAUAAGAAAAAUUGAUAUAAUUGUAAUUUGUGAUCAAGAUCUAUAAAGCACGGACUAAGAUAUACAGGACUGGACACGACAAGGUUGGAGGGUGUGGGGGGUUGACUACGAAAUGUAGUACAACAGGCGGUGUUCGGGGGGAUAUUUUCUUUUUAGCUAUACUAGCGCCGUCUUAGUGGAUACUUUUGAAACUAAUAAUAAAUAAUAAAUAAUAAUGUGAUCUAGUUUCAAAAGUAUCCACUAAGACGGCGCUAGUAUAGCUAAAAGGAAAAUAUCCCCCCGAACACCGCCUGUUGUACUACAUUUCGUAACCACAAUAUUCAUCUCGUGUCCAGUCCUGUAUAUCUUAGUCCGUGCUAUAAAGAAUAUAUAUCUUGAUUUGUGAUAUCCCUUUACGCAGCCAUUUUGUAUCUGAUAAUAACAAUUUUUGUCGAAAUGCAAUAACCUUGUAUAUUUCAACCAUGGUCACUACUCACUAGCAUUAUCGUGUGAAUUUGUUUCAUAAUUAUAUUAUAAUAUAAUAAUUAGUAUCAUAAUGUGUUAUUAAUUAAUUAGUUUUUAACUUCCAUGAAACUAAUAAAACAAGAGGUACAUGUUAAA